AUGUUUGGAGUGAUACUGAGUGAAAUAGCUGGAGCCAAAAUAACGGAAGGAAAUCCAUCUAUCACAGAUUUAAGUGACCCGAAUAGACCUAUAAAACUUGCUGAGCGUUUUGGAGAACUUUAUGACGGUCCUUGGACUGAUGUUUUGGAGGAAUUUACAAAAGGUGCGAAAAAUACCCAGCAGGGAAUAAAAUUGGAGAGAGAGGUUAUCGACGAAAUGCAGACAUUGUUGAGGGAUAUUUCAUCAGUUUGUACGGAAACAGCAGAAAACAUAAUAAAAGACAUAACUAGGUCACUUAGAUUAAAACAAGAGAAUGUUAGCUAUGAACUCAGACAAGCAAUGACUAGCCUGAGGAAACUGGCGUCACAGACGAGUACCGAUGUCGUUACACAGGUAGAUUGUAUAUUCUUUUGUUGA